GCGCCAAUGUAGAGGACUCACCUGCCCUCAGGGGGACCCCGCCGCUCGUCCGCGCUUGGACAUUUGGGCAGCGGAUAACAUGGGGCUACCUGGCCUGAUCACCCGCAGACGACUGGUCACGCAAAUCGCCAAACAGGGGAGCGCAUCAAACCAGCUCUUAAUCAAACUGUACCUGUACAACGUGCCGAGGGUAAGCAUCGAUGUGUACUACGACAUCGUUUCUUCGCUGAAACGGGACGCGCCGCGAACGCAGGAGGAGACUCGAAUUUUUAACGUGCCCCAUUUCGCGGACGAAAAUUUAAUUUUGUACAAAUAUUUCCAGUACGUACAAACAGGAUGUGACAAAAGGAAAUUACUAAAACUGAUGCUCCUUCUGUAUAGGAAAAAUUUACGAGAGUACAGCGACAGGAAGAUUUAUUUUUACAACUCGUGUGUGCAUGUGCACAAUUUUGUCUUCGAACGGUUCUUUUACUAUAACUCGAGUUUUUCCCACUGGAGGAGAGGUGAUGGGAACAGCGUCCACGGAAAGUGCGCUCACCACGGAAAGUGUACUCACCACGGAAAGUGUACUCACCACGGAAAGUGUACUCACCACGGAAAGUGUACUCACCACGGAAAGUGUACUCACCACGGAAAGUACUCUCUCCACAGCAAGUACACCCUGCACACGGAUUUUUUCCUAUACGCUCUGGACUUUUAUUUGUUCCAUUUGUCAAAAAAUUGCAAACUUCUGAGCAUUGAGCAGCUGAACGUCCUUUCGAACAUUUACGCAAAUGUGAGCAUCUCCCCGGAUGGCCACUCGGGGGGAGGUGAUUGCACACAGAGGGAAACCCGCGCAAAGGAGUCCUCAUCUGAGGGAGCGAACAUAGCCGAAACGGAGGCAAACAACAAGAUAUGCCUGCUGUUCAUUCACAUAUCGAGGGGCAUCAUCGCCCAAACGCAGUCCUACCUGGCGGGGAGACUCACCGCUUCGCGAGGAGAGGUUACCUCUGCUAUGCAACUAACACAGAGAAAUGUCAACAGGGGUAAGACAAUUUUAAAGCGCCUCUUACACAAAAGCGUAUCAGAGCAACAUCGAGAGUAUACCAUUUUAAAAAAAAAGUACCAGGAAAAAGUGCUAAAUGUGAACAGUUUAAGGAAAUACCUAAAUGGUGUGAAACACCUGAACAUUAUUAACAUAAAAAAAUACGUGUACAUGAUCCUUUACCUUUAUUUUAACUCAUUUGUGUUUAACAAGUCGGUUUACUUUUCCUCUCUCAUUUUUUACAUUUUACAAAAAUAUAAUUUACAACACACGUACGUAUUUAGCAUACUCUUUAUCAAGUUUAAUUUAUUUUUUGCCAAUUACAAAACGUUUAGUGAAUUUAACAAAGGGGUGUUGUUGGAUGGUGUUGGGAGGUAUAUCGACUCCCUUUUGACAUUUCGAAUUAAGCAAAGUCAUGGGAAGAUUAAUGCAACACAGACAGGCAUAUACCCCAGGGGGGAACACCCGGACGAAUUUUUCUCCCACAUGUAUCACAACGAAUUUGUGGAAAAUGUACCCAUUUAUGCAGAACUUUACGAAGAGCAGUACAAAUGCAGAGGAAAUUAUCCCAAACAUUUUACAUACUUUGAAAAUGCCCUCCUCCAUCUGUUCAAAUAUUUACACCACAAUGUCACCUUAGUGGAAGGAAGAAAAAUGACUGCAGGGACAAAAUCCUCGGAGGAAGAAAAUCUUGCACACACGCGCAAAUUUUUUGUGCAAAAAAAAUAUAACAAAUUUUGCCUGACCUGGUCAGAACAUUUUUUGUCAAAUGUUGUGCUGCUAUCCAAUUAUGUGCAGAACUGCCUGCCCGUUCUUUUUUCCUUCAUGCAAGGGAUUGUCACGGCAGUUGCCAACUGCCGCCCAAAUGAUGAAGAGAAAAUUACGAGCAACCCCCCCAAGUGGGAAACCGAAUCGAUUAUGUUUAGGAAUAUAAAAAAAAAUAGCAAUAACAAAAUGCGCACGAGUCUCACACACUACUACGUUAGCAGCAGUUUCCGCAAAAUCAGCGACGGCAACUUGGUAAAUGAGAAAAACAUUUUGACCUUCUACUGCGACAUUUAUUUUAAUAACAACGUUGUGGAGGUUGACGGGCCGAAGCACUUUCUCAUUUACUACACUUUUGAGAGGGGUGUUGACGGGGGUGGUCAGGGGAGGCAGCACAGUCAGGGGAGGCAGCACAGUCAGGAUAGUCAACACAGUCAGAUUGACCAGCUUGACCAGCUUGGCCCGAGCGGUUACCCCCCCUUCGUCGCCAAACACAGGGACAUUUUCGACUUCAAUUUUUUGUUCCCCUUUUUUUUCAACAACGCGAACGUGAUGCAGUUGAAGGACCGCCGAAGUGGCCACUUCCUCUUUUACAAUGACAAGAGUUUGAAGAAAAACUUUUUUUUGUACAUCAACGGCUACUUUGUGAAGCACAUAAACUGCUACGACCGGGACAUAACGAGCUUCAAAUAUUUGCACGACGUGUUGUUCAGGCGAGGGAGCGACUUCCACGUCGCGAGGGGCGGGGCGUAUCAGUAG